AUGCAGCCUCUCCUCCCCCCGCCCCGGGAACCACACGUUCCUACACCUGAACGGUAUGCUGGGGAUUUGGGGGCUUGUGGGCGGUUUCUGCUUCAGUGCUCGCUAGUUUUCCAACAACAGCCGCUUACCUACAGCUCAGAUAGCGCCCAAGUGGCUUUUGUGAUUAGCCUACUGUCAGGGAAAGCAGCUCAGUGGGCUACCGCCCUGUGGGAGAAGCACUCCCCUGUUUGUGACUCCUUCCAGCGGUUUUCUGAGGAACUAAGAAAGGUUUUUGAUCAUCCUGUGCAAGGCAAGGAGGCAGCUAAGCGUUUAUUGAAUCUUCGUCAGGGAUCAGGUUCAGUAGCUGAGUUCUCCGUCGAGUUUAGGAUUUUAGCGGCCGAGAGUGGUUGGGAUGAAGAGGCGUUACAGACUGUUUUCGUGCAUGGGCUGUCUGAGGUUAUGAAAGACGAGUUAGCGGCUAGGGAUAGCGCUGCUAGCCUCGAUGAGCUAAUCUCACUAGCGAUUAGGCUCGACAAUCGUCUUCGUGAGAGACAGCGUGAGAGGAGGGGGCGACCACUAGCCUCUCCUUUCCCUGCUCUACCCAGAGCCACCAUCUCGGUAGGUCCCCAGUUAGCGGCCCCAUCCAAACACCCCUCGAGCCAGAUACCCCUCGAGCCCGUAGAAGAGCCGAUGCAAUUGGGCCGCACCCGCCUCACCCAGGCGGAACGCCAACGCCGGAUUAGUAUUAGGUUUUCCUGGCUUAAGCUCCACAACCCCCAAUUUGACUGGUCUACAGGUUCACUCUCUAGUUGGAGCGCCCACUGUCAUUCACAUUGUCUCCAGUCUGCCAGUGUUUUGUCAUCUCCCACUGUUUCCAAGCCUCCUGAGCCCCCCGAUCUAUCCGCUGUCCCUGUAGAAUACCACGACCUUGGGGAGGUUUUCAGCAAACAUCGAGCCGUCACAUUACCUCCGCAUAGGCCAUAUGAUUGUGCUAUUGAGCUGCUUCCUGGUUCCACUCUGCCAACUAGUCGCCUGUAUAACCUCUCCAGACCUGAACGCGAGGCCAUGGAGAAAUAUAUAGGUGACUCGCUAGCGGCAGGGCUAAUUCGACCCUCUUCGUCUCCGGUAGGGGCUGGUUUCUUCUUUGUGACCAAGAAAGACCAGACCCUCCGCCCUUGCAUUGACUAUCGAGGGCUUAACGACAUCACCAUUAAGAAUAAGUACCCUCUCCCUCUCAUUGAUCCGGCAUUUGAACCCCUUCAUAAGGCCCAAGUGUUCUCGAAAUUAGACCUCCGAAACGCAUACCAUCUUGUCAGGAUCAGAGAGGGAGACGAGUGGAAAACUGCCUUUAACACCUUAGGCCACUUUGAAUAUCUGGUGAUGCCGUUUGGCCUGACCAACGCGCCAGCUGUGUUCCAGGCUUUAGUCAACGACGUGCUGAGGGACAUGCUGAACAGGUUCCUAUUCGUUUAUUUAGAUGACAUACUCAUCUUUUCCCAGUCUCAGGAGGAACACGUUCAGCAUGUUCGGCAGGUCCUUCAAAGACUCCUUGAGAACAAGCUCUUUGUGAAAGCCGAGAAGUGUGAGUUUCACGUGACAUCCGUGUCUUUCCUGGGGUUUAUAAUUGAGCGGGGGCAGGUUAAAGCAGACCCAGCCAAGAUUCAGGCCGUGGCUGAUUGGCCUAGUCCAACCACUCGCAAGCAGCUGCAGCGCUUCCUGGGGUUCGCUAACUUUUACCGUCGCUUUAUUAGAAAUUAUAGCAAGGUAGCUGCUCCCCUGACCAAACUCACCUCAGUGAAAGUACCGUUUGCCUGGUCCCCUGAAGCAGAAACAGCCUUUCUAGCCCUGAAGGAACUGUUUACUUCUGCCCCGGUGCUGCGGCAUCCUGACCCCUCCCUCCAGUUCGUGGUGGAGGUGGAUGCCUCUGACACUGGCAUUGGGGCAGUACUCUCCCAGCGAUCCCCCAAGGACCAGAAGCUGCACCCCUGUGCCUUCCUCUCCAGACGCCUGUCCCCAGCGGAGAGGAACUAUGACGUUGGGAACAGAGAGCUGCUGGCGGUGGUGGUAGCCCUUCAGGAGUGGAGGCAUUGGUUGGAGGGCGCUGCUCUCCCGUUCAUCGUGUGGACGGACCACAAGAACCUGGCGUACCUCCGCUCAGCCAAGAGGCUCAACUCCCGUCAGGCCCGGUGGGCUUUGUUCCUUGACCGUUUUGUUUUCACCCUCACCUACCGACCUGGGUCCCGCAAUGCCAAGCCAGAUGCCCUAUCACGCCAAGCCGACCCCGAGACGCCGGGGACUGAACCAGAGACCAUCCUCCCGGCUUCUUGUGUGGUGGCUGCAGUGAACUGGCGGAUAGAGGCUCUGGUGAAGCAAGCACAACGCUCACAACCCGACCCAGGUAACGGCCCCCUAACCGGCUUUUUGUUCCAGACUCUGCCAGGUCCCAGGUCCUCCAGUGGGCUCAUGCCUCUAAGAUCUCUUGCCAUCCUGGUUACCAGCGGACACUGGACUUCCUUCGGCGGAAGUUUUGGUGGCCUUCGAUGGCGAGAGACACAAGAGCUUUUGUGGCCGCCUGUUCUGUCUGUGCCCGCGGAAAAUCCUCCCACCAGCCUCCAGCUGGACUAUUACACCCCUUGCCCGUUCCACGUCGCCCUUGGUCCCACAUCGCUGUGGACUUUGUUUCCGGACUGCCUACCUCUGAAGGUAAUGACACUAUUCUCACCAUUGUUGAUCGUUUUUCUAAGUCAGUCCAUUUCGUGCCUCUGCCCAAGCUCCCCUCGUCUCUGGAAACUGCCAAACUCCUGGUCACCCACGUGUUCCGCCUACAUGGAAUCCCUCAGGACAUUGUUUCAGACCGUGGUCCACAAUUCGCCUCCCAGGUUUGGCGAGCCUUCUGCCAGGCCUUGGGCGCCUCUGUCAGUCUCUCCUCAGGUUACCACCCGCAGUCCAACGGCCAGACAGAACGGGCUAACCAGCAGUUGGAGGCUGCCUUGCGCUGCGUCGCCGCCCGACAUCCGGUCUCCUGGUGCACAUUUCUUCCGUGGAUUGAAUAUGCUCACAACUCCCUCACCUGCGCUGCCACAGGUAUGUCCCCGUUCAUGGCAGCUUAUGGUUUUCAACCUCCAUUGUUCCCAUCUCAGGAAGGGGAGGUGGCGGUCCCGUCAGUACAGGACCACCUGCGCCGCUGUCGCCGGAUUUGGACUGAGGCUCGUGCAGCCCUGCUACGGACAGCGGCUAGAAACCAACGCCUGGCGGACCGCCACCGACUCCCUGCCCCGAUUACGCUCCUGGUCAGAAGGUAUGGCUGUCUUCUCGAGACCUGCCGUUGCAGCCCUCUGUGCCCUCCGGCCGACCCCCUCCGCCCCCCGGCUCAUCGACGACCACCCAGCCUACACAGUUCGCCAGAUCCUGGACGUCCGACGGCGGGGCCGGGGUUUCCAGUACCUGGUGGACUGGGAAGGGUACGGGCCGGAGGAUCGUUCUUGGGUUCCCCGGCACUUCAUCCUGGAUCCCUCCCUUCUUUCGGACUUCUACCGAUCCCAUCCUGACAAGCCUGGUAGGCCGCCAGGAGGCGUCCUUUGA